AUGAAUAUUUCAAAAAGAAUAAUAAAUUAUUUUUGUGUAGUAGGAACAGGACAUAAAUUAAUCCCUUAGAAUUCUGAAUUUUAAAAAUGUACUAAAAAUGAUUCUAAAUGAUAGAACAUACUUUGACAUCUUUAGAGAUAUAGAUAGGUCAGUUUAGUGAAGAUAUUCCAAUGAAAGAAAAUGAAAAAUGGAUAGAUCUUUGUGGUAAUAAACAAGUGUGGUUGAGAUGUAUUUAUGAUCAGAAUUCAUCACCGAUUACAUCUUUAACAAUAAAAGAAUUGAAAAUCGAAGACAAUGAAUUAGUAUAAGAGUUUAAUAAUAAUACAGAAAAUACCAUUAACAGAAGACAUUUAUCCUGUGCCAAUUAAACGUAAAUUCGAUUAGCUAACACAUCAAUUUAAGGGAAUUAACAAUGGGUAUUCCUUAUAUUAAGGAUUUUAUGACAUUUCUUAAUACACAGAUAUGCAAUAAAAAAAAAAUUAUCACAUAGUUUUAUGUUAUAAGACUUAGAACUAAUAAAACUAUUAGUAACCUAUUUGUGACAUCUAAAUAAUAUUGGCAGAUAAAAUUGAUAAGAAGAAAUACACCUCUUCAUUCAGCGACAUGAGACUUGUAAUCCCAAAAGAUUUUCACGCAAUUCAAUUUCCAUUAUGCAAUAUUCGUUUUAUCAUAUUUAAACAAAGUAAUUAAAUAAAACAUAUUUUAAUAAAGAAUCAUCUCCAUUUAAAGUAGCAUAUAUGCCAAAAAUUAUUGAUAGAUAUCCUUUAGUUGAUCAUCAUGAUAGUCCAUUAUCUCAUAUGAUUACUAUGAUUCCGAUGGUAUUUAAAGUCUAUAUGUUUAGUUUUGUUUUCCAUAAGGAAUUUACCUUGAAAAAAGUGAAAUAGAUCCAAUAUCUAAGGGAUAAUAAAUUUUCAAUUUUGUGUUGACAUCUGAAACUGGAAAAAGAACUUAUUGCAUUUGUUUAAUUUUCCAUGAAAUAAUACCUAAUGAUAUUUUAGAUUAAUUAGGACAUAUAGAUAAAGAAUAAUUAAUAUGUUAUCCUAAGGCAUUAUGCUUAUUAAGUUCAUAUAAUUGUCCUGAAUAAAUGAGAGAGUUAAUAAAAUAUAUUUAUAGAUGUUCUCUUUCUAAAAAUAGCAUACCAAUUGAAAAUACAAUAUGCAAUAUCAUAAAUAAGAUUAAAUUCCCUUAAUAAAUAUUUGAAUAAGAGAACAUUUGUCUGAAAUAUGUUUUACCUUCCUAUGAUAUAUGUUUUUAUACAAAUUAUAAAUAUCCCAUUGGAUAUAAUGAAGCUUUAGAAUGUUUAUUCAGAUUAUUGGAUAUUAAUAGAAUAAUUAAUAUAUACUGUGCAAUUUUAUUGGAAAAGAAGAUUCAUUUUAUUUCAAAUCAUUUAUCAGUACCUGGAUUAGUGAUUGAUGCAUUUUUAUAGUUAUUAUUUCCUUUUUAAUUUACAUCAAUUCUUAUUCCUGUUUUACCUGAUAGUUUAAGAGGAUAUAUUGAAGCUCCAGUACCUUUUUUAAUUGGAUAUAGUUAAAAGAAUAUUAUUGAAUAAAAUCAACAUACAUAAGUUGAUAGUUUAUAUGUUUAUUUGGAUACCAAUUUUAUUGUAAAUUGUGAAAAUUUAACACCUAUACCAGAAAAAGCAUUAAAAUAACUUAAAUCUUGUUUAAAACCUUUUUAAAAUCUAUUUAAUGAUGAUUAUUCUAAAUAAUAUUUAAAAAGAGUUGAUUAAGCUUAUCAUAUUUAUAUGGAUGAUGACAAUUAUGAUCCUGAAUUCAAUAAAAAUAUAGAUUGGUAUUAAAUAAGAAAUGCAUUUUUAGAAUGUAAUAGUAUUCUUAUGAAACAAUAUAAAAAAUAUAUUCUUAAGGAUUCAAAUAAUGAAGGUGAUUUUACUGACAUAUUCAAUGUUUAAGGUUAUUAUGAUCAUUGGAAAAAAGAUAAAUUUAUAUAAUAAUUUAUGGAAACUAGAAUAUUUCAAUAUUUUAUAUAAGAGCGUACAAAAUUUAGUGAAAAUGAAUCCUAAUAUUAAUUUUUUGAUAAAUACAUUGAUUCUAAAGAUUAAAAAUUAAAAUUUUAAGUGCCAAAAUAAAUUAUUGAAAUUUAAGUACCUGAUGAAGAUUAACUUACAGAUUUUAUUUAUAAAUAUGAUAAAUUUCCAUAAUUGAAUCAUGAAAUUAUGAAGGAUGAUUUAAUAGAUAAUUAGGAGAUUAAUUAAGAGAUUCUAUAAGAGAUUAUACCUUAAUUAGAUCAAUAAAAAUGGCCUAAAUAUAUAUUGGAAAUUAUAUAUAAGAUUUGGUUCUUAAUUUUUAUAAUUAAUGUUAGAAAUAAUCAGGAUAAUAAAGUAUUUUAAUAAAUGACAGAAUUGGCAAUAUUAAUAUUAGAAUAUAUGAGAGAGAAACACCUAAAUUUAACUGAAAAAUUGUUUAGAUAUGUUCUAGAAUCUUGUGGUUAUUUUUAAAUGGAUUCAAAAGCCUUAUACUUGGUAAAAUUCAUGAAAGAAAUCAAAUUAGAAGCAUCUCCAGCAACACAUGGAGUUUAUUUUUAAGCUGUAGCUUAGGCUAUGAAUUAAAAAGGAUUACCAAGUGAUAAAUAAUAAGAUUAAGAAAUUAUAUUAGAAGAAUAAAGAGAUGAAGCAUAAAAUGUUUAUACUAGUUCUGCCUAUUCUUUACAUUCUGCAUGUCCAAUUUGUAAAAGAAAAUUACAUUUUGAAGAAAUAAUUGAUUCUUAUAGAAAAAAUUAAUAUGAGAAUUCUAUAGAAUGUCUUAAAAGUAAUUAAGGUUGUGGAUAAGAAUUUGUACCUAAAAUUUAAAUAACAUUUUUUUAAGAAGAAAAUCCUAUUGAAGCUGAAUUGUAUGAUAUUUACAAUCCUAUACAUAUUAUUAAAAAUUUAGAGAAUAUUAUUUAUGUUAAAGGAGAAAAUUUUAUAUUGAGUGAUUUAUUUGAAAAAUAGUACAAGAAUUUAUAUGUUAAUAUAAUCUUUUAUAUCAGACUUGUAAAAUUACCAUAUGGACAUCUCAUUAAAUAGUCUGAUAUAAAUGAAUUAUAAAAUUAGAUUGAUGAAGCUAUCAAAAAAUUAUAAAUGAAAAAAUCAUCAACAAUAUUUUAAAGAGUAGCUAAAGAAUUUGAUACAUAUAGAGGAAAAUUAUCAUAAUAAGGAGAUUCAUCAAGUAAUUCAAGUUCAAAAUUUAAAUAAGAGGACUAUACUGCAUCUUAAAACUAUGGAAACAAAUAUACAAAGAAAAUAUUCUCAUAAUUAAUUAUAGAUCAAUUUUCACUAUAAAAUAAUAAAAGAUAAAGUUCAAGUAACUUUUAAUCAUUGUAGUAAUUUGAUGAGACAAAAGCAGAGAGUCCAAAAUGA